AUGGAGAUAAAAACACUUUGGAAAGACGAUGCUAAAACUAUCGGAAUAUAUUUUUCUGUUGAAUGGUAUCCUCCAUGUCGUGAUAUUACAUCAACAUUGACUCAAUGCUACAUUGAAGCACAAGCUAGUGAGCACCCAUUUCAAUUAGUUCUUGUAUCAAGUGAUGAAGAUGAACAAUCAUUUAAUAAAUAUUGUGCCCAAAUGCCCUGGUAUGCUGUUCUUUUCAAUGCAGGAGCUCCGUUUCUAGUGUAUCUUCAAUAUCCUGAUCAGUGA